UAAUUAUACUAUGCUGGAAAAAAAGCCAACAUCUAAGUUUAAACGUGUACUUGGUUUAACUGCGGCGACUAUAUUCGUUGCCGAAUCUAUAGGUAUUGCUAUAUCUUACGGAUUAUGGUACAAAUUAAACACUGAAAGAGUUUGAUCAAGGAUCUAAAUAUACAGAUGCCAGAAGAGUAUCACAUGACACCAUAGCUGUUCUUAAAGAAGCUGCUAAUCCCAAUUCUGAUAUAAAUAAAAAGGUGGAGGAACUUCUGAAGAAAGGAAAAUGACUGACAAAACUACAGUUCUUGAAAGACUAAGCAGACGAGAUGCACAAAGAUUAGAAAAACUUCAGAAAGCUCACAGGGCAAGGGAAGAAGUUGAUGCCACAAAUGAAAAUGAGGAUUAUUUUUCUGGAGCAUUCAAAAUAAGAUCUGAGAACAUUGAACAAUUGCUCUCUCACAUACCAACACUAGAAACUAAUGUAUUGCCUCAGCACUUUGAUAACAUUAAGAGAGAAGUCAAUGAGUUACAAAAGUUUGUGGUUACUUCUUCCUUUUUUUUAAAAGAGUUUAAUAUGCGAAAAUAUUUGGGUAUUGUACAAAAUUUGCAAACAAAAUGUUAUGAAUUAGAAGAUAGAUAUGUGCCACGAAAGAAAUUUGGUUUCACUAGAAAAAAGUUACCAAAAUCUCACACUCAAAAACAGAAUUCUAUGGAUGAAAAUGAUGGGGCUGGCAAGACAGACAGCAACAAGUGGGACGAAAAGCUAUUUGGAUUUGAUUCUAAGGAAGAUAAAGUUUUAUCUUUAGAAAAUGAUGAAUUAUUUCAACGUGAUGUUGCUUUGCGAAAUUUAAAGAAUUGCACUAUUGGAUUGAGAGGUGUUAUGGGAACUUUACAUAUAACCAAUUUGGAUAACUGCAUAGUCCUUACGGGGCCUGUGACCUCUUCUGUUUUCAUAGAAAAGUGCACAAAUUGUAAGAUUGUUACUGCUUGCCAACAACUCCGAAUGCAUAGCUCUAUUAAGUGCGAUAUAUAUUUACAUGUUACUAGUAAGGGUAUUGUAGAAGAUUGUGACCAUAUUCACACGGCACCUUAUAAUUUGCACUAUGAAGAUUUAGAAAAGCAUUUUAAUAUGUCCUCACUAGAUAGAAAUACUAAUAAUUGGGAUUGCUUGGAUGAUUUCAAUUGGCUAGCACCGGAUGUACCCUCACCUAAUUGGUCAAUUUUGGAUGUUACAGAAAGGGUUUGUGAUUGGGAUGAGUGGUGGUCUAAAACACCAUUAUAAUGUCACAUUUUCAGUCUUUGUUAAAAUAUUUAAAUUAGAUAACAUAUUUUUAGUUUAAAUCAUUUAAAUAUACUAUACAACUGAAUUCAACAUUUUAUUGGAAAAUAAUGUUUAUAUAAGCAGUUUUAAAAGAUUUUUCCU